AUGGGCGGCUUCGGCGACUUCACCACCAUCUGCGAGACGGCGCCUCUGCCGCUAUGCGCCAAUGUCGGUCCCAUAACGUCCAUCUCGAGCGGCGUCGGCAUCGAGCCCGACUGCUUCGCCCGCAACAUUGAGCUGGCCAACACCAUCAUCUUCCAGGGCGCCUCGAGCUUCAUGCACAUCAUCGCCCUGAUCAUGACCGUCAUCAUGAUCCUCCACAUCCGUGGCAAAUUCACGGCCGUCGGGCGCAAGGAGAUCCUCGCCUUCUUUUACUUCUACAUGCUGCUCAGCUUCUUCUCCCUCUGCGUCGAUGCCGGCGUCGUCCCGCCCGGCUCCGGCCCCUAUCCGUACUUUGUCUCCAUCCAGUCCGGCCUCAUCUCGUCCCUCGUCACCUGCCUCCUGAUCAACGGCUUCGUGGGCUUCCAGCUGUACGAGGACGGUACGCCGCUGUCUGUCUGGCUCCUUCGGCUAUGCUCCUUCGCCGCAUUUGCCAUCUCCUUCCUCGUUUCACUCGCCACCUUCAAGCAAUGGGCAGGCCUGAGCCCCGUGAACACGGUCGGCUUGUUCACCGUCUUGUACCUCCUGAACGGCAUCCAGCUGGUCGUCUACGGCGCCCUCCAGAUUCUGCUGGUUGUGCGGACUCUUCAGGACCGAUGGCCCCUGGGCGACAUCGCCUUUGCCGUCUUUUUCUUCGUCAUCGGCCAGGUUGUCCUAUACGCUUUCAGCUCGACCAUCUGCGACGCCACAAGCCACUAUGUUGAUGGCCUCUUCUUCGCCACAACCUGCAACCUACUGGCUGUCAUGAUGAUCUACAAGUACUGGGACUCAAUCACCAAGGAGGAUCUCGAGUUCUCCGUCGGCACGAGGCUGAACAACUGGGAAGUGAAGGAGCUGUUGCCGGAAGACGAGAGGCGGACCACUAUCUACGCCGACGAACCCAGUCCCUACGGCCAAUCAAGUGCUUACGACCGGGGCUACUCUCCCAACGGUGGUAACAGGAUGUCGAGAUACUAG